CCACAAACUGUGGCACUGGCGACUUGUUGAGCUGGUCGGCGGGCUCAGUAUCACAGAAUUCUAUCCUUGUUUGGGGCCACUCCAAUUCCACCCUCUUAUAACAAAGCCUCCCAACUCCACAGACUCUGCCAACACUGCUUUCAGGGCUUUACCUUUUACCAUGAUCUUCUUCACGUAGUACCCGCCAGCUUAAGAAGAAAUUGAAAGAACGCUGUAGCUUCAAAGGGCAGAUUAUUGACUCAAAUCUCCUAUGGCUUGCAGUGUUGCAGAUUCCAGCUUUCUAAUCUUGACCCCUUCGAAGAGGCCGAUUCUGGGCAAUAAAAUUGCACAGCUUAGCUUCCCAGGUAUUACUUCAGAAGGAUUACAUAAGAUAAGAACCAAACAGAGUAGAUGUUCAAUUUCCUUCAGAAAAACAAAUGUUAUACGAGCUGUGGCAGUUCCGGUUGCCCCCUCUCCUGCAGAAAGUGCUGAGGAUAGGAAACUAUUAUGUGAAAGAUAUGGUUUUAGGCAAAUUGGAGAACCGCUACCGGAUAAUGUUACAUUAAAAGAUAUUAUAGACACACUCCCAAAAAAGGUGUUUGAGAUUGAUAAUUUUAAAGCAUGGAAGACAGUUUUGAUAUCAGUAACUUCAUAUUCUUUGGGACUUUACAUGAUUGCCAAAGCCCCGUGGUAUCUACUUCCAUUAGCUUGGGCAUGGACGGGAACUGCAAUAACAGGAUUCUUUGUAAUAGGACAUGAUUGUGCACACAAAUCAUUUUCAAAAAACAAAUUGGUCGAGGAUAUUGUUGGUACUCUAGCUAUGAUGCCGCUGAUUUACCCCUAUGAACCUUGGCGGUUUAAGCACGAUCGCCAUCAUGCAAAAACUAACAUGUUGGAAGAAGACACAGCUUGGCACCCUGUUUGGAAAGAGGAGUUUGAUUCUGCGCCACUAUUGCGUAAGGCAUUGAUAUUUGCUAUGGGACCCAUUCGACCUUGGAUGUCUAUAGCUCACUGGUUGGUCUGGCAUUUUAAUUUGAACAAGUUCAGACCUAGCGAAGUCAAUAGAGUAAAAAUAAGCUUAGCCUGCGUCUUUGCUUUCAUGGCUAUUGGAUGGCCGUUGAUCAUCUACAAAACGGGAAUAAUUGGAUGGGUCAAGUUUUGGCUCAUGCCAUGGCUGGGUUAUCACUUUUGGAUGAGUACCUUUACGAUGGUCCAUCAUACAGCUCCUCACAUUCCCUUCAAAUAUUCAAACGAGUGGAACGCAGCUCAGGCCCAGCUUAAUGGCACGGUUCAUUGCGACUAUCCUCGUUGGGUUGAGAUCCUUUGCCAUGAUAUUAAUGUUCACGUACCCCACCAUGUCUCCCCGAGAAUACCAAGCUAUAAUCUGCGGGAUGCUCAUAAAUCCAUCCAAGAGAAUUGGGGAAGGUACUUGAAUGAGGCCACAUGGAAUUGGCGUCUAAUGAAGACGAUAAUGACAGUGUGUCACGUCUAUGAUAAGGAGCGGAACUAUAUUCCAUUUGACGAACUUGCCCCUACCGAAUCCCAACCAAUCACUUUCCUCAAAAAAGUAAUGCCCGAGUACGCUUAGCAAAUUGACUCUGUAUUACUACUAAUCAAUUGUUCUUUAGAGCUUCCUCCAUUUUUUGCAGUUAAGCUAGUUUUCUUAGUUCAUUUCUAGUUCUAUAUCCCUUUCAUAUAAACAGGCUUUUGUUACAGACAUGUAUUAUGUUUAUAAUAUAUCAGCAAAUUUCUUGUGCUCA